AUGUCCAACGGCAGCUCCAUCACUGAGUUCCUCCUCCUGGCCUUUGCAGACACACGGCAGCUGCAGCUCUUGCACUUCGGGCUCUUCCUGGGCAUCCACCUGGCUGCUCUCCUGGGCAAUGGCCUCAUCAUCACCGCCGUAGCCUGCGACCACCACCUCCACACCCCCAUGUACUUCUUCCUCCUCAACCUCUCCCUCCUCGACCUGGGCUCCAUCUCCACCACUGUGCCCAAAGCCGUGACCAAUUCCUUGUGGGACACCAGGGCCAUCUCCUAUGCCGGAUGUUCUGCCCAGCUCUUUCUGUUUGUCUUCUUCAUUGUGGCAGAGUUUUCUCUUCUCACCAUCACGGCCUACGACCGCUACGGUGCCAUCUGCCAACCCCUGCACUACGGGACCCUCCUGGGCAGCAGAGCUUGUGCCCACAUGGCAGCAGCUGCCUGGGGCAGUGGGUUUCUCACUGCUCUGCUGCACACGGCCAAUACAUUUUCCCUACCCCUCUGCCACGGCAAUGCUGUGGGACAGUUCUUCUGUGAAGUUCCCCAGAUCCUCAAGCUCUCCUGCUCAGACACCUACCUCAGGGAAGCUGGGCUUCUUGAGUUUAGCCUUUCUUUAAUAUUUGGGUGCUUUGUGUUCAUCGUGGUGUCCUACGUGGAGAUCUUCAGGGCCGUGCUGAGGAUCCCCUCUGAGCAGGGACGGCACAAAGCCUUUUCCACGUGCCUCCCUCACCCGGCCGUGGUCUCCCUGUUCGUCAGCACUUCCAUGGUUGCCUACCUGAAGCCCCCUUCCAUCUCCUCCCCAUCCCUGGAUCUGGCGGUGGCGGUUCUGGACUCGGUGGUGCCUCCAGCAGUGAACCCCCUCAUCUAUAGCGUCAGGAACCAAGAGCUCAAGGAUGCAGUGAAGAAAACUCUUCAUUCAGUAGUCUUUCAUCAGCAAUAA